AUGGCAACAGCACUGAUAUUGCGCGUUGAGAGCUUGUAUGCCUUAUCAAUUACUUCUGCCGUGCUUCAUUUUUUGACUGCUGGCGUCCGGGUCUUCGAUGGCCUGCGCUCUCGCCGCCGUCCCAGUGGCGAUGGAAUUUUUGCAGUGGCAGCAGCAUGGUUUGGCAUUGGGUUUUCUAUCAUCUUUGCCAUUUUGAGCCAUAGGUAUAUUGACAACCCCAGUGAUCCUGAACUGGAAUCCUUGGAUGUGAGUGUCCUCAUUGUAAAUCCAUACAAUGCUGCAAGCCCCAACUACUCUUGCGACUUCUUGAUCUACAGCAUCCCCUUUAAUACUGAGAGUUUCUGGCUGUUUGAUGCUGGAUUUGCGGCUGUUUGCAAUUUCGCUCUCUGCUGUCUCCCGAUUCAACGAGUGCUCACUAUUGAGCUUGAAAAACCAGCUCGUGUCUGGCUUUUCGCUGGUGCAACUGUGGUCAUUUUUGUUGUGACUUCAUCUGUCCUGCGUGUUGUGACCUUAUCAUGGGCAAGAGGGGCUUCAGAUCCGGCUGAAAAAUUUCUAGCGUACUGGUUCUGGACAUUGUUUGAAAACACCGCAAUGGUAUUUUGUUGUUCCAUGGCCUCCUUUUCUGAUAGAGUGUCCGAGCUCUUUCACUGGCUUUCGAAAUAUGUUAAGAGCAAGAUUGCCGGCGAAGGACUACAAGGAAAUUCAUCGGGAUAUCGACUAUUUCCUAGUUUAUGGGCAAGUCAAGAUGAGAACAGGCGCGAUCCCUCAUUUCAAUCUGUUGUCACCCCCUACCCCUCGGCUUUGGACAGUACCUAUGCACCAGAGUUGAUAGACGUAUUUGAGCCCGAUACCCCGCCAAACGGCGAAAGCACAACUUCUGCCAGCACUUCAAACGCACGUCCUGCAGUCCAUGAUCCAGACGACGAUGUCCUGCUGCUUGCUGCCGGAUGUCGUGCUUUUAAAACCUCUAGAAACCGCCUUCGUCAGGAGGCAACUGAGCGGCUUCGUGAACAUGCGCCCCCAGGAGCACCCUGA